CUAAGCAAAAUGGCUGGCCAAAUGAAUGGAUAAGUUGAUCUUGUCGUCGCUCUUUUAAUUAAAUAGGCAUUAGCUUUGAACAUGUUAAUAGUCAAUAUUACUAUGCAUUGAAUGAUCGAAGCGUGAUAAAGUCCUAACACCUGUCAAAGGAGUUUAUUUUACCCUGCGUCUUGCCCUCGCAGUCUGGAUGACUGGUAGAUGUGAGAUAGUAUGAUUGAAGCUUUCAACCAAGUAUUGAUUUUGAACAGUGCAAUGUUAUAAUAUUAAUAAAAAUGGAUCUAGAUGAUACUCAGGCUUUGGAUUUGGACGAAUAUGAUGAAACAGAAGAAGAACAAGAGGUGAAGAGGAACAGAAAGCAGGUUGGCCAACUGAAGGUUUUUAGAACUGGAGAUUUCGAAGAGAAAAUUUAUGAUAUUUUUGAAGGAGAGAAUUUUAUAGGUCGAGAUGAAAGGACUGAUGUUUACAUUCCAAGAAAGUCACUCUCCAAAACACAUGCGUGUAUUGAAGUCUCUGAGGGUCUUCACCUUGUCUAUGAUGAUAACAGCAAAAACAGAACAAGACGAGAUAAGAUGAUACUGAAACCUCAAGUGAGAUAUGAGCUGCACCAUGGUGACAUGCUGACUCUUGCUGAUACAAAAUGCCAGUAUUUCAAAGGAAAAAUGGAACAGGAUAAUGAGGACAAUGAUACAGGAUCAGAGACAGGAUCUGAGUCUAUGCUACCAGUAGGAUCUGCAAUACAUGUUAGUAAGGGUACCAGUAAAGAAAAAGAUGUAUUUGCUGCUGACACUGACUCUGAAACAGAUGAUGAAAAGAAUCCUGUCAAUAUAAAGAAGCCUGCCAUGUACAGCUCUGAUGAAAAGUUGCCCCAAAUUGAUGCUAUAGAGAACAGUGAGCAACCCAAACCUAUAGUUCCUGCCUUUAUGUAUGAUUCCAGUGAUGAUGAUGAUCAUGGUGAUGAUAAGCAUUGUACAAAAUCAUCUAAUGAUAUAAAAACACACGCUGAUGUGAGUGCAGAUAGUGAAACAUUGGCAUUUGGCUUGAUUAGUCCAGAUGAUUUGCCAAUAAUCAGGCCAAAUUCAAAGAAAGUGCCUGAAGUAGAAAACACUCCAUUGACCCUUGUCUAUAGCCCAGACACACAAGACAGAACCCCUGACCAUCCCAGCAUUUUGCCUAAAGGUAAAGAAGAGGGCAGUUCAUGUCCACCCACUUUGAUCUAUGGAAGUGAGUCCCCCUAUCAAGAAAAGAAUCCAGUAAAAGAAAAAGAAGGGUCUAGUCAACCUGAGUAUUCAAACAAAAGAGAUUUUGUAAAGAUGAGUACUGAUGAACCUGAUACACCAGACAAGAUGCACGUUAAAACAGAAAUUGCAAGCUGUGCUGAAACAUUGCCAGUUCAAGAGAUAGAAUCCCUAGAAGAAACCCCUGUAAGAGAUGUUGAGCCAACUAUGUUACAUGGAGCUGGCAGCUUGGAAGAAACUCCAUUGAAAGACAUGCCAAAACUUGGAGAAACACCAAGUGAAUUCAAUGUAUAUUUACCUGAAACUCAAGGGUUUUCCCCAGGCAAUGAAGAAACAUCAUUUUGUGAGCCAACACAGGCUUAUUUACAAGAGUCACCUGUUGAUACUCCUAAAGAAACUCCUGGGGAAAUGGUCAGUGAUGUAACCAGUAUACCAGACAGCCAGGAAGAGGAAGGAGAGGAAGAAGAGGUGAAAAAAACAUUAUCCUAUGAUGAUGAUACUGCUACUCAGGCCUAUACAUGGGAUAAUAGUGAUGCUACUGAUGAUGGGGAUGAUGAUGAGCUACGAUUCCAAGCCACGCAGGCAUAUCCCUCACUCAUACAACAACCAAAAAAGGACGAUGACGAUGAUGACAUACAGCAAGGUGCAGAUGUGAAAGACAGUUCCCCUUGCGCAUCCUCCUCACCCCAUGCAGAUAUGCAACAAACCAUUGCUUAUGAUGUCGCAGAAAUGGAGACACAAGUUUAUGUUACUGAGAGAGAAAACGUGUCUGUUGACCAUACUAAAGGCAAGGGAAAACAUCCCGAGGACAAACCUGUGGAAAUAGAACCAACGCUUCCGUACAAUAUCAUGGACAUGGAGACACAGGCUUACGAAGCUGAGACUGAAGAAACAACAAGUCCUGCAAGCAAUAGCCUAAAUAAAAGCAGCACAGACGACGAGGACAAGGGAACUCCUGAAGAACUAAAGAUGUCAGCUGUCGUUGUUGGUGAUCGCAGAGGCGUGACAAUAGAACCUACCUUACCUUAUGACUUGGAAACAGAAACCCAAGAUUUCGAUAACAACGAGAAAGAUGCUCAAGAAACCUCUCGACAAACGUCCAAGAAAAAUGCAGAAGAUGAUAAUCUAGUUAUAGAAGCCACAGUACCUUAUGACAUGGAGAUGGAGACCCAAGCUUAUGAUAGAAAAGAUAUAGAUGACUCAGAAACCGAUGAUGAGUGUAAUCUAGAGAAAAAAGAAGGUAACAUGGCUGAUAUGAUGGAGACACAGGCUUAUGGUGAUGAGGUACCUGUAGAAGCACGGGAGAAUGCUAUCAACACAUUUAACAUGGCUGAUAUGAUGGAGACACAGGCUUAUGGUGUUGAGGUAGAAGCACUGGAGAAUGCUAUCAACACAGCAGGUGCAUCCGAUGUGAAUGAUGCGGAUGGGGAGCCUCAAGCUUAUGGGCUAGAGGACCAGGCGACUGUUACAGAUGACGUUAUUCCUGAUAGUGAGGAUUUGCUGUCACAAGAAAUCCCUCUAAAAAGAAUUAGUGAAGAUGAGGAUACAGUCAAUAACAAUGCAUCUGUCAAGACACCCACAAUACAACAUGAUAAACAACAGGUUGAACAAAGUGGUAAUAAAGAAGAAGAAAAAGAAGAAGAAAAAGAAGAAGCUGAAAUAAUAGUAAGGCCAAAAAGGAGGGGGAAAAGUAGAGUGACACACUCUUCACCUGAGGAGGAAAACCAACAGCCAGCCAUGCUGAACAAGCUUGAAGAUACCACAACCGCGAAGACGGCAGAAGAUAUAUCACUAAACGAGCAAGCAACUGCUCCCGAAGAUGUUGGAGUUCAAAGAUCAAAGAGAGGUAAGAGGUCAAAGAAGAAUAAAGUGGAGACUGAAAUACAAGAUACUUUAGGAGAUGCCAGCGAAGAAGAGCAGUUCAAGAUCGCAACAAAGCAAGAGAAAAGUACACGGGAGCGCAAGUCUACGAGAGGAAAAACAUGUAAGAUAAGUAAGACAGAUGAUACCGAGAUAGAACAAUCAACAUCAAUGUCAGAAAAGAGGCCAACGAGAGGAAGAAGGUCAAAGAAAAGUGAAGUAGAGAUCAGAGUACAGGGUAUUCUACCAGAUGAUACCGAGGAAGAACAAUCAAUGUUGGAAAAGAGGCCAACGAGAGGAAGACAGUUAAAGAAAAGUGAAGUAGAGCCAUCUAGAGUUGAAGAUGUUUUACCAGAUAAUACUGAAGAAGAACGACAAGAAUCGCCAUCCACGACAAAGAAAAGGCCAACAAGAGGUCGACCCAAGAAAACUGUGGUAAAGACUGCUAUGAUUGAGGAUAGUUUACCAGAAGAUACUGAGAAAGAUGAAAUGUCGUUACAACCUGUACAAACAACUCACAACGAACAUCUCCCAGAGAAAAAGUCCUUGAGGGGGAGAAGAUCAAUGAAAACAGGCAAAGAACUCGACAUAGAAGAAAAGAUUAAACCAGUUGAUAACGCAGAGGAUAAAAACAAAUCAGAAUCAGUUCCCCAAAAACGUGUGCAACAAAAAAUGUCAACGAGAGGAACUAAGAAGGAUGAAGAAGAUAGAUUAGAGGGCACUGGGUCAGGCGACAAUAAAGAAAAAUUAGAUACUUGUGCGGAAAAUCUCGAUAUUUCACCAGGUCACUCCGAAGAGGAACAGUUUGCUGUCAAACAUAAAGGGAAGGGAAAGGAUAAGAAGUCUUUACAAGUUGAUCAGGACUCAUCAUGUAAAGAUGAAGAAGAACUGCCGUCCUUGGAAAUUAUUUUUUCUGACAAGAAAGUAACAAAGGGGAAGAGAAAAGGAAAAACUAAAGAUGCAGAGACACCUGUCUUAUUGUCCGGGAAAGAUACUUCCACGGCGGAAGCAGUAAGAAAUGAAGGGAUGUCCUUCGAAACAAUAGAAGUUAAGCCAUUCUUUCCGAGAAGAGGACGAGGAAGAGUUACCCAGUCUGAUGAUUCAGCGUCUGCAGUCCCAGGUUCAUUUGGGUCAGAGCUGUCAGAGUUUAAAGAAGAAGACUUCAUGUCACCUCAGUCUGUCGCUAAAUCCAUAUCGGCACUAAAAAAAGAAAAGAAAAAGAAAGGAGAAGAGCAGAACCUGAAAGAAACUGAGAUGGACAUAAAUGCAACACAAAGUAACUCUUCGUCGCCUAGGGGAAGUAAGACGAGAAAAAGAGGAAAGGAAGUAAGGACAGACUUGGAUGAAUCUCAAAGCAGCGUUACAUCAUCAGUGGGAAGAGAGGCAAGAGGAAAAGGAAAAGGGAAAAAAGCUAAAUCUACAAAAGUAGAUGACACCCAUGUCCACAGUGCAAGCCAAGCAUCAUCCGACUUGAGCGAAUCCCAAAACAGUACUGCAUCUUCAGGUGAAAGUAGAGCAAGAGGAAAAGGACGAAGAAGGACGGGUAAACCUAGUACUUUGGACGACUCCCAGGAACAGGAAGUUCAAGAGACUCCAGUCAAGAAAGGUAGAACUGUGAAACAAGAAGACUCGCCCACUGUGGUACAUAGUCCGUCUCUAAGAGAACGUAAACCCAUUACGCCAAAAAUAAUGUUCACUGGUGUCUCCGACAAACAGGCAGAAAAGAUAGUAACCAGUCUUGGUGGGAUAUUGGUUGACUCAGUGUAUGAAUGCACCCAUCUCAUCACAGAUAAGGUGAGACGUACAGUCAAGUUUCUUUGUGGCGUGGCAAGUGCCCAAAUGAUCGUACAGCCACAAUGGUUAACAGCCUGCAAGAAAGCCAAGUGCUUUAUAGAACCAGUGCCAUUUAUUGUGAGCGAUGAGGCGGCGGAGAAGCAGUACUCGUUCUCACUUCAACAGUCACUCGAGAGAGCAAAAAAGGGAGGGCUACUUGAAGGAUAUAAAGUACACAUAACCAAGAAUGUUAAACCAGACCCUAGUCAGAUGAAAGACAUCAUCAAGAGUGCUAAAGGAGAGUAUCUCCCACGCAUGCCCCGUACUAUGGAAAACAAUAUACUAGUGGUUUCCAGUGAGGAAGAUCGAGAUCUAUGUAAGGCUGCAUUAGAUUGCAGUAUUCCUGUGUAUUCGUCAGAGCUUUUGCUAACGGGCGUUCUUAGGCAAGAACUAGACCUCGAUCAGAAUCGCUUGUUUACUGGUGAAAAGGAAGAUAGGAAAAGAAAAGAAUCCGAAGAUGAAGAAACAUCCGUCAAGUCUGCAAGUAGGAAGCGAAGGAAAAGAUGACUUUCAAAUCAGUAAACGAGGCAAAGGUGGUAGUCUUUUUUUAAAUGUAAUGGCGAUGUUUGGCUCUGAAAUGUUUUAUUCAUGUGGAUUUUAAAAAUUAUAGAGUACUAUAUAAUAUAUAUCGACAAUGUAAUCACUCGUUUUGAGGUUCCUCCCUGCGGUAAAUUCAUAUCAAGAGCUUAAAGUGAUGCAGUGAACAAAACCGUUCAACAUGUUGCGUGACAUUGCUGGUUUCAAAGCAGCAGAGCGAUUGUUAUAUUUAUUAUCUUUUGCACAAAGUAGAAGCUUUGAAUGCGAUAAUUUUGUGUGGAAUGUUGUACGGUUUCGUUGGCCGCACCUUUAUAAGUAAAGUGGAAAGGCGUUGUUGCAGUAAGGUAAGAUGGUAUGUAACGAACUAGAUAAUAACCGUAUCGAAUCGAGUAAAGGGAGAUACUCUCUUAUUGGAGAGAGAGCUGUGGCCUCCAAGUGGAGGGCCAUUAGGAAAGAUUUGAAGUUAGAACAAGGCCAAGUUAUCUCCCACUUAGGAUUAGGUCCCGCUUGCUCGCGGGAGGUGGGCGAGUUCGGCAGCUCUGACUCUUGCUGUUAAUAUGUAUGAAGUGGUACAUACAGAUGAACCAUGCUUUCUUUAUAUAUACCUCAUUUACAUAUAUAUCAAUCUCUAGGGCAUCUAUUAACAUAUCCAAAUGACUUCGACUAGCAUAAAGUGCUUUAGUAAUUCAUGCACGCAUGUAAGACACUGAAUACAAAACUUUGCACCACCAAUUACAGGAAUUGCUUUCUUUUAAUGAGACCUAGAUUCAUCAGCAAUUCCUGAUUUACAAAGACUGUUGAGAUACAGGUAUUUUUAAAAAGUUUGGGGAAGGUUUUGUUGCAUAGCGAGCCCCGCAUUGCACAAUGGGUGAUGUGAAUACACCCUUUUAAAACCACACCCAUUCCAGACCACAUGUUAUUCCCUUGAAAAUAUAAGAUUAUCUGUCUGAGUUGUAUCCAUAUUCAUCCGUCUUCUCAAGUGCAACCGUUAAACGAAAGAAUAUUCUAGGGAAAUUGCACGUGGUGUGAAAUGAAAACACUACGCACUUUUUCGCGGUAUAUGUCCUUCUGUGCAUUAUUUACAUAUGUAUGUGAUUGUAAUACCUUUCAAGCUUGGUAUGAAGCAACAUGCAGCAAAACCUUAACCAACCUUCUUGGAUAUAGCUGUAUAUUAGCGUUUAUCGAAUACGUAAAUUUAUAUAAUGGCGUAUAUUUGGAGUAUCCCACUAGGCAUGCACUUGUGUUGUCUUUGUCCACGCAUGAGCAUUCAAACGAGUGUGUUUACUAAGAAAAUACAAGAGACAAGUGGAUAUUCCAUCAACAUACAAGAAAUAGCUAUUAUAUCCCAUAAUAGAAACUUUGAGCACAUACGUAAAUUAAGAGGGAAAUACCGUCAAAUGUACAACUCCUUUCAGAUCUGAUUUGCUGCAGUUUUUUCUGGUAUAAGUUAUAUAAAUAUUUGUUACAAUGGUAGUUUAAAAUGGUAGUUUUGCUUUUAGUAAAUUCAUAAGGACGCAAGCAGUUGUACUUGUAGAAGCUGGCUUCAGAAAGUGGUUUACUGCACAAGCAGUAUGAAAACGUGUGUUUUCCCUGUCUCUAUUUACUGCAAUAUAUGCUGCAAGCUAGAAAAUUAGAGAAGUACUAUUAAACUUUCACUUAUAUUUCCAUUGCUCCACAUUUCAAGAGAUCAAGUGCUCUACAAAAACACAGCAGACAGUUUACUUUGCUUUGCUAAACUAUUUUUGACCAUUUUACAACAGCAUUAGCAUGUGUGCCACAGGCUCUCUCGCCCCAGUGCGUCUCGUGCGUAGGUUUAUAUGCGGGAUUGAGAACCACUCCUUCUGGUACGCCAGCAUAUCACUUAUCUAUUUAACGAAUAAAAUAGCUUUUAUCGUAC